CGUCUGACAGAGUUGUUGUUCCGGCACGGCCGCGGAGACCUGAGUUGUGCCAGGUGGAUGUGGGCAGAGAGGUUUUCAGGACUGAAAUGGAGGUCAGAGCUUCCUUCCAGAAGGUUAGUGGGUCAUCUGAUUCUGUGGCCACACUGAACAGUGAAGAGUUUGUUUUGGUUCCUCAGCACACAGACGACACUUCUAUAAAGGAUGAUGGGAAACCACGGCUGAAGAUACCUUCCAAUGGUGAUGAACAGUUGGAAAAAGCCAUGGAAGAGAUUUUGAGAGAUUCAGAGAAAGGACAAAGCAGUCUAUCUGUUGAUUGCCAAGGAUCCAAUGAGAUUUCGGAUUAUUCGUUUGGAGAUGUUCCAGCCAGCCAAACAAAUAACCCACCUCUCCAGUUAAUUUUGGAUCCAUCUAAUACAGAAAUUUCCACACUCAGACCAUCUUCUCCAAGCAGAUUUCCUGAAGAAGACAGUGUUCUCUUUAACAAGUUGACAUACUUAGGAUGUAUGAAGGUUUCUUCCCACGUAGUGAAGUGGAGGCUUUACGGGCAAGCCACCAUGAAAGCUUCCAGUCAAUACCCCUUUGCUGUUACUCUGUAUGUACCCAGCAUUCCAGAAGGAUCUGUGAGAAUCAUAGACCAGUCAAGCAAUGUGGAGAUAGCAUCUUUUCCAAUCUAUAAAGUGCUGUUCUGUGCACGUGGGCAUGAUGGGACAACUGAGAGCAAUUGCUUUGCAUUUACAGAGAGUUCUCAUGGUUCAGAAGAAUUUCAGAUACACGUUUUCUCCUGUGAAAUUAAAGAGGCAGUAAGCAGAAUUUUAUAUAGUUUCUGUACUGCAUUCAAACGUUCUUCCAGACAAGUGGCUGAUGUUAAAGACUUAGUCAUCCCGACUCCUGACAGUGAUGUGUUUACCUUCAGUGUCUCCUUGGAGGUCAAAGAAGAUGAUGGAAAAGGAAACUUUAGUCCUGUGCCUAAGGAUAGAGAUAAAUUUUAUUUCAAAAUAAAGCAAGGAAUAGAGAAGAAGGUUGUGAUUACAGUUCAGCAACUGUCUAACAAAGAAUUAGCUAUUGAGAGAUGUUUUGGAAUGUUAUUAAGCCCAGGUCGAAACGUGAAGAACAGUGACAUGCAUUUACUGGAUAUGGAGUCCAUGGGGAAGAGCUAUGACGGGAGAGCUUACGUCAUCACGGGUGUGUGGAACCCCAAUGCACCGAUAUUUCUGGCUCUUAAUGAAGAAACGCCGAAAGAUAAGCGGGUGUACAUGACUGUUGCAGUGGACAUGGUGGUUACAGAGGUGGUGGAGCCAGUCCGCUUUCUCCUGGAGACAGUAGUUCGUGUAUACCCUGCAAAUGAGAGAUUUUGGUAUUUCAGCAGAAAGACUUUUACAGAGACUUUCUUUAUGAGGUUGAAACAGUCUGAGGGAAAAGGUCACAGCAGUGCUGGAGAUGCAAUAUAUGAGGUGGUGAGUCUGCAGAGAGAAUCUGACAAGGAGGAGCCGGUCACCCCUACUAGUGGUGGGGGCCCAGUGUCGCCCCAGGAGGAUGAAGCAGAAGAGGAGAGUGAUAAUGAACUCUCAAGUGGAACAGGUGAUGUGUCAAAAGACUGUCCUGAGAAGAUCCUCUAUUCUUGGGGAGAAUUGUUAGGAAGAUGGCACAAUAACCUUAGUACCCGACCAAAAGGGCUAUUCACCUUGGUAAAGAGUGGUGUUCCUGAGGCACUAAGGGCAGAAGUAUGGCAGUUAUUAGCAGGAUGCCAUGACAACCAGGCAAUGCUGGAUAAAUACAGAAUCCUUAUCACAAAGGACUCUGCACAGGAGAGUGUUAUUACUCGAGAUAUUCAUCGUACAUUUCCUGCACACGAUUACUUCAAAGACACUGGAGGAGAUGGUCAGGAAUCUCUUUACAAGAUCUGCAAGGCCUACUCUGUGUUUGAUGAAGACAUUGGGUACUGUCAAGGACAGUCUUUCCUUGCUGCUGUAUUGCUGUUGCAUAUGCCAGAGGAGCAAGCAUUCUGUGUUCUGGUGAAUAUUAUGUAUGGCUAUAAAUUGAGAGACUUAUACAAAAACAACUUUGAAGAUCUUCACUGCAAAUUCUAUCAACUUGAGAAACUAAUGCAGGAACAGCUGCCAGACCUGUACAGCCAUUUCUGUGAUCUGAACCUGGAAGCUCAUAUGUAUGCGUCCCAGUGGUUCCUCACUCUGUUUACUGCCAAGUUUCCACUCUGCAUGGUGUUCCACAUCAUUGACCUUCUGCUUUGUGAGGGUUUGAAUAUAAUCUUUCAUGUAGCUUUGGCUCUUCUAAAGACCUCAAAGGAAGACCUCCUGCAGGCUGAUUUUGAAGGUGCUUUGAAGUUUUUCAGAGUUCAGCUUCCAAAGAGAUACCGGGCAGAGGAGAAUGCGAGAAGAUUGAUGGAGCAGGCUUGCAAUAUCAAAGUACCAACCAAAAAGCUGAAGAAAUAUGAAAAAGAAUAUCAGGCAAUGCGGGAGAGUCAGCUGCAGCAGGAGGACCCGAUGGAUAGAUACAAGAGGGAGAACCGAAGAUUACAGGAGGCCAGCAUGAGGUUGGAACAAGAAAAUGAUGACCUUGCCCAUGAACUAGUGACAAGCAAAAUUGCUCUGCGGAAUGACUUGGAUCAGGCAGAAGACAAGGCUGACGUGCUGAAUAAGGAGCUCCUCUUUACCAAGCAGAGGUUGGUGGAGACUGAGGAAGAGAAGAGGAAGCAAGAGGAGGAGACUGCCCAGCUAAAAGAAGUCUUCAGGAAACAGCUAGAAAAGGCAGAAUAUGAGAUAAAGAAGACGACAGCCAUCAUUGCUGAGUAUAAACAGAUAUGUUCUCAGUUAAGUACCAGGCUGGAGAAACAGCAAGCAGCCAGCAAGGAGGAGCUAGAAGCAGUAAAGGGUAAGAUGAUGGCAUGCAAACACUGCAGCGAUAUCUUCAGCAAGGAAGGAGCUUUAAAGCCAGUGGCCAUAAAUAGAGAAGACCAGGGACUUGAAGCAGAUGAUGAGAAAGACUCACUUAAGAAGCAGCUGAGGGAGAUGGAGCUGGAACUGGCACAAACUAAACUGCAGCUGGUGGAAGCCAAGUGCAAAAUCCAGGAACUUGAGCAUCAGAGAGGAGCACUUAUGAAUGAAAUACAAGCUGCAAAAAACUCUUGGUUUAGUAAAACCCUGAACUCUAUCAAAACAGCCACAGGCACUCAGCCACUACAGCCGUCACAGGCUCCUCAGCCACCCAAGGAGAGCACAUAGUUCCAGCCUCAGCCAAGCACAAGAGCACAAUGAUCAAAACAACGGAAACCAAGAAUUUUUCCUGUUGUCCUUUUGAAAAAACUAAAGGAGACCAGAAAGCAAGUUAAGACUCUUUUCAGUAGCUCUGUCUCUCAUGUAUGACAUUUUUCAAAGAGAUGUUAUUUAAACUGACCUGAUUUAUGUUGAAUAUCUAUUUCCCAGCUGCUUCAUGGAAAACAAUAUUCAGAUCCAUCAUAGUAUAUAUUACACAUUGUUUUAUAUGCCUGAAAUUUAGUUGGGAAUGAAUAAUCUAGAACUGAAUUUUUUUGUUAGAAUUAACUAUUCAUAAUAAUUUUUAUCUUACAUAAAAAAUGGAAACAUGUUAUCCCAAGGUUAAAAUGGUAAGAUCUUUGUCACAGAAUUCUGUUUUUAAAGGGAAACUAAGCCUCUUUAAUGUUCGAGGAUUAUUCAUAUAAAGCACACGGUGGGGCCAUGCAUGAUCACUUACAGGUGUCACACUGAAAGCGAUUUCCAGAGUAGUGCUACUUUUGUCCAAGAAAAGAACAGAACAGGGGUUGGCUUCAAAGUUUCCCUCCAAGUUUUUUAAGUUUGGCUACAUUUGGAAAUGAAGGGCCAAUAGCUGUGGAGUAGAUGGGCUACUACACUCUAGGUAAAUAGAGACUUUAAAUAAAUGUGCAAUAAAAUCAUUUGGCGCUGGUAUUCUAGCAGAUCCUUUUAAGGACUCCACAUGGAGCUUGUUCUCCUGAUGUGCCUAUGUAUGAACACAGAGGUGACUUGUGACAAAUGUAACCUCAAAGAUGGAUAUUUUAAGUUGCAGAUUUUGGGGGGGGGGUCCCUUCUCUGGAGAAGUCUAAAAAGCCCACGUUCAAGCGUUGUACUUUGAAUAGAACAGUGACAAGGCACUGAGUGAUGACAAACUUGUUAAGGCCAACACCAAUGUUCUGCACUUUAUUAAAGGAUGUGAUGUUGCCAAGGACGUUGAGGAGAUCUUCUCAACACCUCAGUGUUGGGCAACUUUCCUAACUUUUCCUUAACUCCUAAAUGGUGUAUCACACCUGGGAAUAAAGAGAAACAAAUGCAUUUUUCACAUUUUGGAUUGACUAAACCUUUAUAGAAAUUCUUAACUCAUGGAAUGGUAAGGUUGCUGUUAAAAAAUGGUGCAAAUAUUUUUUUCAAUUAUAUUUGACAUGCCUGUAUAAAUAGCCCUUGCAAGAAAUUCUUUGGAAAGAACAAAACUAAAUUUUUCAUUUUCUAAGCUACUAUGGAAGUCUCUGGUCCCUUUAUAGCAACCAAACAACUGUCAGUCAUGUACAGUAACAUUUGUUUAUCUUCAUCUUUAGCUUCAUUGUUAUACAUAACUGUUUCCAAAGUAUCUUAGAGUAUGUAGUGCCACAGUGGUUCUCCUCUGUGCCAUAUAUUGUAAUAACACACUCUGAGAGACCUCUCAACCCUCCUGCAAGUUGCUCAUAACAGAUCCUUCCUCUAAAAUCAUUUCUGAGUUCUAGCAAGUGGAAAUUCUUUAAUCUCUAAAUAUCUGUAUCAUCUACAGGCCAUAAAACUGAUGUUUGAUAUGUCAUACUUAUCACACAAUGCUUUCCAUAUAGAAAUUUGUUUUUUUCUGACAGCUUUCAUCAGAAGAUUCAUUUCUUUUUACCAAAAGGGCAAUAACCCAGCACUCAUGAUAGCUCUGUUGACUCUAACAUUCCCUACAUAAUGGUUUAGAUAAGCUAUUUUUUUCCUAUAAAAUAAAAUGGCUAGAACAUCACAUCGUUUCUGUCAGUCAUUUAAGGCAGCUACUUAGCUUUAUUGGUACUGUGUGCUGAGACCAGGAAGCCUUUACACACCACCUUUUCAAAUGGCCAAGGGAAAUGAAGGUGCACUUUUAUGGACUUACAAAUACCAUCCACAGCUCUUUUUAACUUCUGAAAAUAAGUACAUUCCACAGAAUACCUAAGUUGCAAAUUUUUAAUAAGUGAUAAGUGAGAGAAACAGAAUGGCUCUAGAUUAAGUCUUUAUCUCUUCAGGCCACUUUCCUUUUUCUCUUUAAACAAAAUCACCAGGAACAUAUGCUUUAAGAGUUAAAUAUAUCUUUUGAGUUUUCAUCUAACUCUUCCAAAAGACAUAACAGCAAUACAUAAUCUUUUUUUGUUUUCUAGUACCAUAUGAUACUGGGGCAUGUAUACUGGUAUCAUGUCUAAGCUGCCCAGCAUUAUGCUGUCUUUGAGUUAAUAACAGAAGUAAAGAAAAUUCAAGAAGUAGUAAGUGAUUGCUUGUUCAUUAUCAUAGUAGUGCCCAACCACACCAUUGCUUGAGAACUCCAGAAUGCCAACAUAAAGCAACUAACUCAUCUCACUUUCACUUACUAUCUUAUAUAUUUGAGAAUUGAAACUUUUUUUUUCACGAGACAAGUUCUACUAUAUAGUCUAGGCUAGCCUUGAACUUAGAACCUUCCUACCUUAGCCUUCCAAGUGCUGAGAUUACAGACAGGCAUCACAACAGUUAAAAUGAUUAGUUUGAAUUCCUUGUAGAAAAGAGAUAAGUGUCCCAAGAUAUUUUCAAACAUGAUAGUUCCUUUCAUCCUUCUCUAAGAUUUACAUGCCAGUAAACACUCCUGAAAUGCUGACAUUUGCAGCAUCUGAGAGGUGAUCAUUCCUCUUUUCGUUGAGUUCUGUAGAUGACAAUGAAGAUUCAACCCAUUGGCUUUUAUAACUAAAAGGUCACUUUUAGUAUAUUCUUGAAGGCUGAAAGACACUAAGCUAGAUUUGGAGUGCAUGUACUUAGCACACAUCCUGAGCCAAGUCACAGUUUGGUUUUCUUUAGUACUUGUAAUUUAAUGCAAAGAAAUUCUUGGUUCACUAUACUUCAGUAUGAGUGCCCAUUGGAAACAGUAAUGGCAAAGCCACCUAGGCCACAACCUAUCUUUUCAUGCAGUAUGUCCUCCCCUCACCGGCUGUUAAGUUAGUAAUUUUUUCUUUUUGGCCUUCUUGAAUUUACCUGGUAAGGUUGAGAAGACCCCUUUGUACUGAUGAUAAAGAGUUUAGUAUUUGUUUUAUUUCAUGUUUUGAAAAUGUUCACUAUUUCCUACAAUGUGUAUUUAUUUGUCUUCAACCCCUGCUCCAGCUAUUGAAUUGGGUAAUUAGUGGUUUUAGCUAAAGUGAGAAAACGGAAACAAUAUACAGUUAAGAGGGAGGGCACAGCAGAUAAAAGAGCUUUAAAGGAGUCGCCUAGGUCAGGUGUCAGUGUUGGUCACAGUGAUACACACCCACAGUCCCAACACUCAGGAGGCUGUGGAGUAGACAUGCCUGUAAGCGCAAGGCCAGCUUGGGCUACUUCGUGAGUUCCAGGAGAGCUAGGGUUACACAGCAAGGCCCUAUUUUGAAACACCAGUAACAAAAAAAAAAAAAAAAAAAAAUCAAAUGUGUGGCUAAUAUCAGACUAAGCACUCAUGUGCUCUCACUGAAAUCAUCUUUGCUAAUGAACUCACCAGCCCUGUGCAUCAAACCCAAAGGUGGACAGAGAAAUCAUUUUUAAAGGACCUAGUUUUAUCUUCUAAGAAGGACACUUAGAAAGAUGAUUGUAUUACAUAACUUAUUCUUUAUAAUACUCUACAAUAGAUUAUUCUCUUGCUUUAAUAUCUAGCAAAUGAGAUGAUGAACAAUUCUGUUGUAUGAUUUGAAUAGUUAGGGGUGAGUGUGCAUGUGUGCACUGUGUGUGUAUGUGUGUGUGGUAAAAUUUUUAUAGAGUAUAUGGUUCUUUUGUUUACCUAGAUACCAUGCAACCAAAUACACAUUAGAUUUUGAGACAUAGUGUUCAAAACUGGAAGCCCAGACAGCAUCUCUGCGGCCUGUUUUCAAUGACCGUGCAUAAAAUUCUGUCUAGUCUCUGUGCUGGGAGUGAGUCACAUUCAGCACAUUCUUCUUUUCUCACGGUGGCUUAUAUGUAAUACAUGCAAGGCACUUUACAUUACCCAUUUCCUUACCUUUAAAGCUCUGCAAACAUGAGAACUCCCAGAGAGUGUACCUCAACAGGUGAUACUGACCUUGAAUUAUAAGAAGAGAAAGUAGAUGCUUAUGAAAUUUUUAGUAAUUACAGUCAGCUGUCCUGUGUAUCAUUCUCAAUUUUCUCUUUAAACAAAACAAAAUGAACUACAGCUUGAACUUACUUCCAACAAAAUAUAUCACCUUCUGUAAAACCAUCUCCAUCAAUAUGUCCCCCUCAUUGUGCCCUCAUCUCUGGUUUACCAUUAACAACAUUUUUAAAAAUUUAAGAAAAAUGAAUUAUUGAGAAGAAAAUGAACAUUACUUUUUAUUGACAAUUGAAUAACACAAGACUCCUUCCACUAACCUACUCUGAAUAACUAUAUUGCAUAUGGAAAAUAAUCAAAGAAACCGAUUUGUGAGUAUAAAUGCAUCAAAAGACUAUUGUCAUAAAAGCACAAGAAUAAAGAUGGAGAUGAUCCCAGAAUCCAAGAUAUCCCAAUAGCCUCCUGCAUUGGUUUUACUAUUCUUGGCAUUUUGCAUAAUGCAUGGAUUCUUUGUUCAAAUUAGGGAAAGGAUUUGUCAGCCCCAUUUUUUUUCUAUCCAAGUCCUGCCUUUUUCCUUCAGUGAGGAAGUAACACAAAUCCUAUGCUAUUUUUAUGAAAUGUGAUCUUCCCCAGCAUCUACAAUAAAAACACAUUAGAAUAAAGGAGUUAACUAGUCUGAAAAGUGCUAAUUGACCAUAAAAUCAACAUUAGCCAUCAGCCUUUUCCUCUCUAGACACUGACCAAUCACUUGUUUCCAUAAUGCCAUGUAUUAUGUAUAGUACACUCUAUUAAUGUAAAUGUGACGCUUGUUAAGAAAGUGCAAUUUAUUGUACAUUGUCCCAACAAAUGUUUACUUUUAUAAUUGUUAUAAACUUGUAUUGGAUUGGUAUCUUGUUUAAAUGUGUGAAUGAAACCUUGUGAAUAAACAAAUGUGACCAAGAAGGUUAACAAGGUGGCUGUUUUGUGAGCCAGUGACAUUUUCAAUGCUUUGUGUUGCCCCUUUCGUCCCAUUAAACAGUAAUAAACAUUUGUUUUAAAAGUGCA